AUGAUUCGCUCGGUCACGUCUCUCCUCAGUUCAGAGGCAUGGAAGCUGCUUAUCGGACUUCUCGCCCUCUUUUCCGCAGCCCUUCUCUCGCGAUCGCUCGGCACCUUGCGACGGAACAAAAGCACUCCUUUCAGCAACAAGCCAUCAACAAGAAGCCAUGAAAAGUCCAAGAAGGAAUCCGACUCGUGGCAGAUGCCUAUCCCAAGCCCUUACCCUGACUGGUCCAUCGACAAGACCAAGCCACUUCCCUACCGCGCGUUUCGAUAUGGGCCCAAGUACAACGUCACGAUGGGUCUCCGUUCCAUCCAGCCGCACGAAUGGAUCGAGCUCGACAACCAGUUUCCCAAGUUCCACGCCGACAAGGCAACUCGGAUCCAGGAAAGGGGCGAGAAGUGUGUGGGGACGGACCCUGAGGCCUACCCGGCAGCCAUGGAGCUCCUGGAAGAGCUGGUCCAGUAUCUGCCCGCUCGGUACCCAACGCUCUUCAAACGCACCGCCGUCGGGAUCGACAACAUAUGGUCCGGGGAGUCCUUCGACAUCACCGAGUCGCCCCUCAAAGAAGAUCCCAUGGCCAUCGCCGCCAGGCUCGUGCAGGACGACCUCGCCAUCAUGAUCGAGCGGCCGGACGGCCAAUACUACCUCCUCGCCGGCGCCAUCCUGCUCGCGGGUUUCUGGCGGCUGGGCGACAAGUUCGGCAUGUCCCUCGAGGAGAUUCACACCUCGGGCGACGUCCCCCACUACCGGGAGAAGCUGCACACCGGCAUGGCCAGCUUCUUCCGGCGCCUCCGCCGCGACCAGAUCUACUCGCGCAACAACUACUUCAUCCAGGUCGACGACGCGCUGCCGUGGAGCUGGAGCAUCGGCCACGAAGACAGCCCCGUCGUCAGCUGGAGCACGGCCGAGAAGAACAGGGCCGUCGAGCACCACUACUUCCGCUCUGAGAGACAGUCCCUCCGCCGGCUCCCCCGGACCGGGGCCAUCGUUUUUACCAUCCGCACCUACUUCCACCCCGUCACGGAGCUUGUUGCCGAGGACUACGUCCCGGGCAGGCUGGCGAGCGCUAUCCGCAGCUGGGACGAGACCGUGGCCAAUUACAAGGGACGGGAGAAGUACGAGACGGUCCUUUUGGAGUACCUCGACAGGGAGCAUCAGAAGCAGGUGGCCCAGGGGCUGGACUUGGAGAAGGAGGACGAGGUCCGUCGGUAUCCCUGGUGA